AUGUCAGAAAGUGAGUUUUUGAAGAAGACCGUGACUGUGUCGCCCCUUGUGCUUUUAAGUGUGGUGGACCAUUACAAUCGAGUGGCCAAAGAUAGUUCCAAUAAGAACAAACGAGUAGUCGGGGUGAUUUUAGGUGACAACAGUGGUGAUAUCAUCCGUGUAACCAACUCAUAUGCCAUACCUUUUGAGGAAGAUGAUAAAAACCCAGAUGUCUGGUUUUUGGAUCAUAAUUUCAUUGAAUCCAUGGGUGAUAUGUUUCGGAAAAUCAAUGCAAAGGAGAAGUUGAUUGGUUGGUAUCAUUCUGGACCCAAAUUACGUCAAAGUGAUUUGAAAAUCAAUGAUAUUGUGUUCAAGAAGUUUGUUGGUAGUCCAUUACUUUUAAUUGUUGAUGUCAAACCCAAAUUGGAUAUUCCUACCGAUGCCUAUAUUGCCGUUGAUGAUAUUAAAGUGGAUGGUUCAGCAGCUGAAAGAACGUUUGUUCACGUUCCCUCUUUGAUUGAGGCAGAAGAAGCGGAAGAAAUCGGUGUGGAACAUUUGCUUCGAGACAUUAGAGAUCCCGCUGCUGGGAACUUGUCUUUGAAGGUAACUCAAACAUAUAAAUCUCUUUUAGGAUUACACCUUAAAUUGAGAGAAAUUGCAAACUAUUUAGAAAAGGUAUAUUUGAAGAAAUUACCCAUCAAUCAUACUAUUUUGGGUAAGUUGCAGAAUGUUUUCAACUUGUUGCCCAAUUUGGCAGCGAUAACCGAUACCUCCUCCUCCAACUCCACCACUUCUACACUGGACGAAGAAAAAAAUGGUUAUAAUGACGUUAAGAAUUUAUCUACUGCCUUCACCAUAAAGACAAAUGAUCAAAUGAUGAUGGUGUACAUUCUGACGUUGAUUCGGGCCAUUAUUGCUUUCCAUGAUUUGAUUGAAAAUAAGUUAGAUAAUAGAGCCACUGAAGGUAUUGAUAGUGCUGCUAGCUCUAGUGCUGCAACGGAUGGUGGUGCUACUGCUGUUAAUGGAGAAGGUGCUACUGCCGAAUCCAACGAUGAAGGUUCACAGGAUGCUUCAAAAUAA